AUGAUUCAGUCUACACAGAUAGCUAGACUCGACGGCCUUAUGCUUUGCGCCUCGGUUGAUGACGAGCAGAUCGAGUCCUCUCUUUCUGAGGUCAAAUCACAAAUGAAAAUGAUACUACGAAGGCUGAAUCGUAAUUCAGAGCCGCAAGCUAGCGUAGAAUCCGGUCGAUAUACUCUCCAUUAUAUAAUUUCUCAAGACAUAAUAUAUCUCUGCAUUAGCGAGAAAUCCUAUCCUCGCAAACUUGCCUUCACCUAUCUAUCGGACGUAUCCUCUGAGUUCACAACCACCUACAGCGCUUCUCAGAUACAUUCACCCUCACUUCGGCCAUACGCCUUUAUGGAAUUCGACACAUUUAUAUCUAGAACCAAAUUAACAUACUCAGAUACUCGUGCUACCCAGAACCUGGAUAAAUUAAAUGACGAGCUGCGCGAUGUAACAAAAGUAAUGACAAAAAAUAUCGAGGACUUACUAUAUCGAGGAGAUUCAUUGGAACGCAUGGGAGAGGUCAGUAGUCGUUUAAGAGAAGACAGCCAGAAAUACCGAAAGGCUGCGGUAAAAAUAAAUUGGGAUUUACUUCUGAAGCAGUACGGUCCCCUUGGAGGAUUAGGACUCAUAAUAAUUACCUUCAUUUGGUGGAGAUUUUUCUGGUAA